AUGCCCCCACGCGACCGCGCUGCCGAUGAGUCCUCGCGCGGCUCCAGAGACAGCGGGAGGGGGAGACCCCGGCGGAGGCGGACACCCCCCGCGAAAGAGGCCGCGCGCAGCCUGGGCGCCUUCAUGUUCGGCCUCUUCCUGGCUUCCCUUUAUGGCGGCACGGCUCUCUUCGUGCAGAACUACAGCCUGCGCUUCAGCCUGGUCACCACCAUACUCCUGGCUGCCUUCUGUGCCUUCGGCAUGGGCCUCUCACUCCGCCUGCGCUCCACUGUGCUGCUCAUGCUGCCCAUGUUGUGCUCCAAGAGUGGAAAGAACUUCCUGCUCUUCCUCAUCUUCUCCCUGGUCGUCCAGGGACCUCUGGCCAACACGCUGAAGAACUUUGACCGUGCUGCCGCAAGCAUGGCCUGCGGGGCAGAGCUCACCAUGAACCAGACCCAGCAGCUGAUGAACAGGGCCGUUGCUCCUGUGCUGUCUGUGCUAAGUAAGAUGAAGCAGAUUACAAGGAAUGCAUAUUCACUUUCUGGAAGAGUUGAGACAUUCAUGAGUUCAUUGACACAAUCCGUCAGACACGUGGCCCGUGUCCUGAGGAACGUCCUCUACUUCAUGGUCAAUAUUGGAGAAGUGUGCAAUAACCAACUAGGCACGCCCUACCAGAAGUGCUCCAGGGUCUUCACCGAUGCUUACAACAAUUGCAAGGAACUUCUGAACAUAUUCGCACCCUUGUGCGACAUUGUAGACGUCUUUCGACCUCUGUGUGAUCUCGCAAAAGUUUUACAGGUGUUUUGCAUCAUUCCGUCAUAUAUCGCGGACCAGAUAAAGGCCAAAAUAGCUGAACCGACCAUCACUGCAUUUGAGAAGAUGAGAGAGGAAUUUGAAUUCAACAUCUCUGCAUCAGUGCACGCUGAUGUGCAGUUAAACAGCAGCCAUUCGAUCCAGGAAAUAUCUCAACAGAUUAUGAAUGAGGUCACCAUGGAGGUGUCACACGUGCAGGAGAUGCUGGGGCUCCUGAGCUAUGUCAGUCUCUUUCUUCUGCUGCUCAUGUAUUUGCAGGCUGUCCUGUAUAAAGAAAAGUUCCUCAACCAGGAUGACUUUGAUAACAUCUAUAUCACUGACCAGCUUGUGGAAAUGGACCUUAAGAGAUGCAGACAAGGCAGGAUUUCCCUGUUGCCCUUAAACGAGAAAGAGGCCAUCACUUACAUCUGUCCCUGUUCUUUGUAUCUCACCGAUAAGGAGAGGCAGGCCACCGCGCUCAGCGGAUUAUCUAUCCUCAGACACAUUGCUGUUGGAGGCCUUGUGGUGGCCCUGGACCUAGUGGUCUUCUGGAUGUUUGACAUCGUGUACUACUUAGUUCAGGGUGACAUUGUGGCCAGAGCUCCUCUUUCGGUGGUGGUGCAAGUGAACGGGUCUGGCUAUGCCUUGGACAUCUUCAAGGACCUUUUGUCCUCGUUCGAUAUUCUGCAGAAGAGCAACAUCACUGUCAUUAGCAAGAAGUGUGUGAUGAAACCCUUUGAGCCAGACUACAUUCUGUACAUGUUUAUAGGUCUCCUUUAUGGUCUUUCAUUGUUUAUUGCUGUUGCUGGUAGCUACAUCAUGCGAUUUAGAAGGUUUGUCUGUGCCAGUUACUACCCCGAACGAGAAAAGGAGAGAAUCUGCGUCCUAUAUAACCACAUUCUCAUCCAGCGAGAAUCCCUGAGGAAGGCUUUGCUGAAGUCCGUUGCUCGGAGAAGAGCUGAUUGGGAGCAGAGCAGCCCACUCCGAGCACUUACCAUCUGCCUUCCAGAAGGGUCCCGCAUAGCACGCUUCUUCAUAGCCUCUGGUGUUUCCUGCAUGGCCUGUGGACUGGCAGCAGAGUCGAAGGACAGCCCAAAUAUUUUCACCUGCAGCACUCCACAUUGCACCGGCUUAUAUUGUCUCCCGUGCUAUAAGAGCAUUGGAAGCGUAUGUGCUGUUUGCAUGGGACCUUUGGCCUUUCAAGAAGAUGCAGAGGAGGAGAUAGACUCCAGUGAUGACCAGCAACUAGACCUGUGGACUGCAGCCCUGAAAACCAUGACGCACACCGGCCAGGACAAGUGCAAGAAGAAGCUGCUGAAGAGGAGAAUCAGAGAGGCCCUGAGGCGGAGACCAGACAGUCCCGAUGACAAAAACCUGCAGCUAUGUAAUAGGAGGAUAAGGCAGGAGAGCACUUCCAGUGACAGUGACACUGACAGCAACAUCAGUGUCCAGAGCAGCACUGACACCAGUGAGCCCAGCAUGACCUACCAGGAGCAUCCGGCGUGGGAAAACUCUGAGUCCAGUGACCACGACCCCUACACUUUCCUAGAAGUUUGCAGGCGCAGGGAGAAGGAGAUACAGAUCGAAGGCAGUGAUUCGUCCUGCUCGCUUGAAAGCAACACAUCCUCUGAGAGCGGACAUCUGCACGUGGUCAUGGUUCACAGCCCUAUGACACAGGAGCCUUCAGCCAAAGCACUGCAAGUCCAAACUGCAAGAGAUACUGCAGCCUCCUCUGGCGGAAGCAGAUUGCUGGACUCUUGUCCAGCUCCACUGGAAAUUGAAAUGGUUUCGAUUAACUGCAUUUCUGAGUAA